GCAGCCAGCCAUCAAAAAGGUGUGGGAGGAACAGCAACGGACGCACCUCACCAUGCUGCAGGUGGAAGGCCGACCCCUCGUCCUUGGUGGUGAUGGGCGAGCAGGUUUGGUACCUACACCACAAUGGAGCUUGUGGCCAAUGUGGUUCUCGACCUUCAGGUUGUACAGAGCAACGAAUGUCUUGGCAGCUACCAUAUGGAGAUGGAAGGACUGAAGAGGAUGGUGGAGCUGUUGAUCAGCUGGGACCUGGAUGUCGGGGUGCUGGUGACAGACCGACACAGACAGAUCGCUAAAUGGAUUCGCGAAAACAUGCCCAAUACACGGCACUGCUAUGACAUCUGGCAUGUUGCAAAAUCCAUCGGAAAGAAACUGAAGGCCAUCUACAAGCAUAAGGACUGUGAAGAUCUGAAGCCCUGGGUGCAAAGUAUAAUCAACCACCUCUGCUGGGCAGCAGUGUCUACACCGCCUGGAGAGGGGGAACUUCUGGUUGCCAAGUGGAAGUCUGUGGAGCGACACAUUCAGAACAUCCACAAGGACCAUGGCGACCUCUUCCCAAUUUGUACUCAUGGACAACUGCAACGGCAAAAGAAAUGGCUCAAACAAAGUUCACGCUCAGCAGUGAAACUGGAGGAGGUGGUCAACAACAAGUCCCUGCUGAAAGAUAUCGCCAUGCUGUCGGGUGAACACCAGACUUCCAAGGUGGAGGCGUUCCAUAGCCUUAUCAUACAGUUCACACCGAAAAUGUAUGUCUUCUCAUACAUCGGAAUGCUGUGCAGACCUAGGAACCUGCUUGCUGGGCUGCACUGGAAUGAAAACUCGAGCCGCCCUAUAGCCACUACACAAGCGGGUGCUGAGCGCUAUGCAGUACGCUACCCGAAGUAUAAAGCAGGGGGCCAUGUGGUCAAGAAAAUCGCGACAGAGCCAACAUACCGCUACGUAGAUGACUUGAUCAGGGAGGUUGUUGCUGGCUGCAGACAGACCCCUGACCAAAGAACACCAGUCAGCGUCACUGUGGAUAUGCCUCCCUUCCUCUGCGAUGAACUGGAGAAGCCAGACAAGGAGGAAGCCAUCGCCAAGCACAGGAGUCGCUUCGGUAAGUGUGAAAUGCCCUCCCGGUAACAGUUAGAGAUGCUACCUCAGUAGAAGCAUUUAAGUCCCAUCUUAAAACUCAUUUGUAUACUCUAGCCUUUAAAUAGACCCCCAUUUUUAGACCAGUUGAUCUGCCGUUUCUUUUCUUUUCUCCUCUGCCCCCCACCCCACACCCUCUCCCCCUUGUGGAGGGGUUAUUCCGGUGACCAUGGAUGAAGUGCUGGCUGUCCAGAGUUGGGACCCGGGUUGGACCGCUCGCCUGUGCAUCGGUUGGGGACAUCUCUGCGCUGCUGACCCGUCUCCGCUCGGGAUGGCCUCCUGCUGGCCCCACUAUGGACUGGACUCUUACUAUUAUGUUAGGUCCACUAAGGACUGGACUUUCACAAUAUUAUGUCAGACCCACUCGACAUACAUUGCUUUCGGUCUCCCCUAGAGGGGGGGGGGGGGGGGGUUACCCACAUAUGCGGUCCUCUCCAAGGUUUCUCAUAGUCAUUCACCGACGUCCCACUGGGGUGAGUUUUUCCUUUCCCGUAUGUAGGCUCUGUACCGAGGAUGUCGUUGUGGCUUGUGCAGCCCUUUGAGACACUUGUGAUUUAGGGCUAUAUAAAUAAACAUUGAUUGAUUUAUUGAUUUAUUUUAUUGAUUAAGUACAGUGGCCAUGUGGAUUGUGUUGCAGUCACUGCACGUCUUGGAACCCCGUGUAGUCCAUCGCUGGGAAUGUUGUCCUAAUCUUAUGUACUACACAAGCUGGUAGUACCACCCUUAUCUCCUUUCCCAGAUAUCCCCAGCAGAAGCGGACAAACUGUCGAUAGGCUGUGUGUCGUCUCCGCCUGCAAGUACAAAAUAGUUGUUAGCAAAUGAUGGCAGCUGUUAUUAUCCGGACAUGGAUACACAGUGACUCACUGUUCUCUGAGAUGCAAAAGACAUUGUCAUGCAUUCUAUUCAUUUGUCAUUUACUGUUGCAGUAAAUUGUAAAUAUUGUUGACAUCUACGGUUUUAUGUAUGUAAUACUUCUAUGAUAUAUAAUGUCAUGUACAUUGUAGCACAGUACAUUUCACAGAAUAAGAAUAAGAUAAGAAAGUGCUCAUUCUGACUUAUCUUCCAAAGGUUGAUAGAAUUAUUUAAACUUAUUAGUGCCUCACUCAUUUUGCUGUUGCUGCAGCACGC